AAAUUACAUUUUAAAAACCAAUCAGCUGCUGACAAACUGUCUGACAGUCUGAACAUCAUAUCCAAUGAGCCAGCCUUGGCAAUGUACAGGAUCCAGGAACAUGUCAGGAACAGCAUGCCACUGCUACUUGAAAAGAGGCUGGAUGUAGUUCAUCUAAACAAAGACAUAAAAGGAUCAAUAUUUGACACAGAAUAUGCUAUCAAUGCAGUGAAAGGUAUGGAGUCGAGUAAUGUCCAUUUUAGAAACAUUCAAGAUCUUCUAAAAAAUUCAAUGUUCAUGAAACAACAGAUC